GGAAGGGAAGGAUUCGAAGAGGAGAGGGGAAGGAAGGGAAAGAAAGAGGAGAUAGAUGAACUGAGGAAGAGGGGGAGAGGAGGAGGAGGAGGAGGAGGAGAAAAGAUACACACAUACACAUAAGGGAGAGAUAAGAAAUAGGGAGGAAGAGGAAGGGAGCUGAAAUAGGAGAAGGGAAGGGAGGAGGAGGAGGAAGUAUAGGGUAGAGAUGGGAGAGAAGAUAGAGAGAGAAGAGGAAAGAGGAGACGGGAAGAGGGAGGAAAGGAGGAAAAAAGAGAGAGAGCACAAUCCUUAUAUAACGCGAGCUCAUCCUAUAUCCAAGUCAGUAGCUCAUAAGACUCUGUAGGGAGAGGUUACGUCGCUCCCUCCUCGUGGUGACAUCACUUGACCCCCUUCCCCCUACCCCCCACGCCCCCCACUGACCCUCUCUGCCCCCCCCCCCCCGUUGUGACCUCAGGGGUGACUCAAAUAUUAUCCCCGAAAUCAGUGACUCAGCGUGUGUGUGUGUGUGUGUGUGUGUGUGUGUUUGAUAAUAUGUCACACAAGCUAUCGAGAUGCAGGACUCUACUGAUUUUGACUACAUGGGUGUGUGUGUGCGUGGGGUUACUGCUGGUAUGGCCCCCCCUCCCUGCCCCCGCGCCCCCCCUUCCUGCCACCAGCCCCCGCCCAGCCCCCAACCGGCACCCCAGCAGACCCACCCUAGACCCAGCUCUUCCUCGCCCAGCAUUCUUCGACCCCCAUAGAAGAAGACGCAUAUGGGGAGGAGGAGGAGGAGGAGGAGGAGGAGGAGGGGAGAUACGACUUUACCGAAACGAAGAAGUUGAUGAAGAUGCGUACGAGACAGAUGCCAGAGAGAGACACGAACAUCUGAUAAUCGAAUAUGAUGAUGACGAUGAUGAUGAUGAUGAUGAUGGUGAUGAUGGUGGUGGUGGUGGUGGUGGUGAUGAAGAUGGUGGUGAGAACAUGAGGAAUAGUAAUAGUGAUAAAGAUGGUGAUAAUAAUAUGGACGAUGAUAGUGGCGUAGGAGGAGGAGGAGGAGGAAAAGAAGAAGAGAGAGAAGAAAUCGAAGCAGAAGAACGAGGAAGAGGAGGAGGAGGAGGAGGAGGAAACCAAAACAGACACGGCAAAGAAGAGGAAGAGGAAGAAGGAAACGCAUACCUCAAAGACAGAUACGAAGAAGAGGAAGACCAUGAAAACAAAACACAAUAUAAUGAUUACGAAGAGGAGGAGACGAAGGGUAGCAUAGAGUACACUGGAGGGUCGUACAAUGUGACGCCGCUGAACGCCCGAAUCCUCCUGUACAAUCGGAUCCCAAAGUGCGCGUCCUCGACCAUGCAGACGAUUCUCCGAUGGUGCUCUCGACAGCUUGGCUACGAACACUUCUCGUCUACUGUCUACGACCAACACCAGCUGAGUCAAGGGAAGCAGAGGGAGUUAGUGGCGAACCUUACCACCAGGACCUCAACCACCCCGGGCCUUCAAAGCUACGACCGCCAUCUGUAUUAUACGGAUUUCGAGGAACAAGGAGCGCAGCGGCCCGCGUAUAUCAACUUGGUACGCGAACCCGUGGAACGUUUUAUCUCGUCUUUCUAUUACCGACGAAGCAAGGAACGACUGGCGAGGAUCUUAGCCCAUGGACACCUGGUAGCCUCGCCCUCCCCUAACUGGCGGAACAGGACGGUGGAGCAGUGUGUUGUGUCGGGCGAUGCUGAGUGCUCCUUCACGCAGGGCAGCAGGCAGGAGAUGGUGCUGACCUACUUCUGUGGCCACCAACCCUUCUGUAGGACGGUGGGCAGCAAGGUGGCGCUUCAGAGGGCCAAGCAGAUGGUGUCCGAGGCAUACAGUGUGGUGGGGCUGGUCGGUCAUAUGGAGGUCUCGCUGCGUCUUAUGGAAACCCUCAUCCCGGGCUACCUUACAGGCGCUCUACACUCGUACCAGAACAUUAGGCGUAAGGAGGAGAAGGUCAACCACAACACCCACAAACCAGCUGUGUCCCAGGCGGUGAUGACGGAGCUUCGGCGGAGGAUGGCGCACGAUAUCGAUUUCUACAACUUCCUUAAGCAGAGGCUAUUCUUGCAGCGGCGUACUUUCCUGGGCUAAUGAGGGCUUGGGAGGGUCUGUGGGGUGUGUUCGGGGAUUGGUGCGAGGUGCGUACUGAUUGGCGGACGCACCCUAGGCCAGAGGGGAGGUAAUAGCGAGAUCUAGUCGGUGCCGCGUUCAUUUCUGUUACCGUGAUGAUUGUUAAGUUAUGAAGCUCUGUGUGUGUGUGUGUGUGUGUGUGUGUGUGUGUGUUGGUGAGUGGUCUGUUACCUUGUCCAGAGUCUAUUGUUGGAUUACCUUUAUAUGUGGUGUUAGUGUUUGUUAAGGUAUAUGUAUAUGUGGCUGGUUUUGCGUUCCUGAUUCCUUGUUCUGAUAUGGAGUUAUGUUAGUUCGUGAUGGAUUGGCGGUAUUUAUGAGAUGUAUUUGGUAUUGAUUUAUUUUAGUAUUUAUUUGUCCGACCUUGUAACGGAGAAUAUGGACGUUAAAUGAAAAAAAGAAGAAGAGGAA